CAUUAUCCUCAGAGUGAUAUUUGAGAGUUAACAAAGUAGAGAAGAGUCUUUAUUGGAGAGAGAGACAGGGGGUUGUGUGUAACAUUGUCACUGUGCUAAUAUUACUGUGCUCAUUUAGUGGCGAGGAAACCUACUGAAAAGGAUUAGUGUACAGAAAGAAAGAAAAUGGCAGAAUUCUGGCUCAUUUCUGCACCUGGUGAAAAGUCAAACCAACAGUCGUGGGAGAGAAUGAACACUGUCACCACUAAAGCCAACCUGUCCAGUAAUUUCAAAUUCACAAUUCCUGAUCUUAAGGUAGGCACGUUAGAUGCUCUGGUAAGCCUCUCAGAUGAGCUGGGGAAACUGGAUACCUUUGCUGAGAGUGUUCUAAAGAAAAUUGCGCACUCCAUGUCUGAUAUGAUGGAGGAUUCCGAAGACAAAGUUCAGGAAAACCUGUUAGCCAAUGGAGUUGACCUGGUCACCUACUUGACUCGGUUCCAGUGGGACAUGGCAAAAUACCCAAUACAGCAAUCACUGCACACCCUUUAUGAAGUUAUGGCAAAGCAAAUCUCCCAGAUUGACACAGACUUGAAAGCCCGUUCUGUGGCAUACAGCAACAUCAAGGCCAAUCUGCAGGGCCUAGAAAGAAAAGCUGUGGGGAACCUUUUAACUCGAACACUAACUGACAUUGUGAAUAAGGAUGACUUUGUGCUGGAUUCAGAAUAUCUUACCACCCUUCUAGUUGUUGUUCCAAAGGCAAAUUACAUCAUGUGGCAAAAAACGUACGAAUCUCUGUCAGAUUUAGUGGUACCUCGGUCAACAAAAAAAUUAAUGGAGGAUUCAGAAGGAGGACUUUUCACUGUGACUUUGUUCAAGAAAGCGGUCGAUGAAUUCAAAGCGAAAGCAAGAGAGAACAAGUUCGUGGUGCGUGAAUUUAACUUCAAUGAGAAGGAGCUGCAGUCUGAGAAAGAGGAAAUGACACGACUGGCUGCGGACAAGAAGCAGCAGUAUGGUCCUCUUCUGCGAUGGCUGAAGGUGAACUUCAGUGAAGCAUUCAUUGCUUGGAUCCAUGUAAAGGCCUUGAGAGUUUCUGUGGAAUCAGUACUGAGAUAUGGCCUUCCUGUGAACUUUCAAGCAGUGCUGCUGCAGCCUAACAAGAAGAGCCUGAAACGCUUGCGGGGCGUCCUGAACGCACUCUACAAACACUUAGAUGGUGUUGCAGCAGCAAGCGUGGCGGACGCUGUCGUGGAUAUCCCUGGAUUGAGUAUUGGGAAUCAGGAUUACUACUCCUAUGUCUGCUUCAAGAUAGAUCUGAAUCUGAUAGACCAAAAAUAGAUAACGAUGCCAAGGUGUAAGGUCAUGAUCCAUGGGUAGAUUUUUUGAGAAGAGGUUCAGGAUCUCAGUGCUUAAUAAACCAAAGAGUGUCGAAUAUCAACUGAUUUAACCUAUUUGUCAAAGAAGCUUUCAACAAAUGCUGUAACUAAUCCUUAUUGCAACUGCGUCAGCAUGUUUAGCAUACAUGUUUAAUAGGCAGAUCAUUAAGUCUCAAGUUUAACUGCAAUGACAGCAUGAUACAUUUGGACAAAGCCAAGACAGCCCCAGUCUUCCAUUCACCUGUAUUGAUAAAUCUGGUUUGUGGUCGUUGACUGUAAUAAGCCUCAAUUAUUAUUUUUUUCAUCUGCAAUAAAGUGAAAGUUCAGUUUA